CUGAACCAUGAAACAUCUGACAGACAGAAAAUGAGAACAUGCUGAACUCACAGAGCAGUGGGAGCUUGAUCCCCAUCAACAAGACCAUGACUCCUCCGAAGAGCGACAUGAGGAGAGCCGAGGAACACCGAUACCACCACUGCUGCGCCGGUGAACAUGCCAAGGGGGUUCAUGAACCUGACAACAGAGGCACAGAGGAUGUUGACUGCAGAUUUGAGAACAGCUCCAUCUAGAGGAUACUGCGUAAUAACACAUCUUUGGCCCUACAGGGGAAUUCCAAAAUAUCUGCAUAACUCAAUGGUUGAGAGAUGUGGGGGAGAAUAUUUCUGAGCCCCAAACUACUCAGCAGAAUUCAUCUCACUUGGAGUCACAGACAUUUAUUCACUAUGCAGCUGAAAACCAAGGAGUUUGAGUCCCUGUUCACCGAUGGAUUGAAAAGCCUCGCAGACAUUUUUGAGAAGCACCGGUUUGAGCUGAGGAUUGCAGGAGGGGCGGUGCGGGACCUGUUGUCUGGGCAGCGACCCGAAGAUGUGGAUUUUGCCACAACAGCAACACCUGAAGAAAUGAAGCGCAUGUUCCAGGCUGCAGGGAUCCGAAUGAUCAACAACAAAGGAGAGAAACAUGGGACCAUCACUGCUCGGGUGCAUAAUGAGAACUUUGAGGUGACCACCCUGCGAGUGGACGUACAGACAGAUGGACGGCAUGCCGAAGUGGAGUUCACCACGGACUGGCAGAAAGAUGCCGAACGCAGAGACCUCACUAUUAACUCCAUGUUCCUUGGCUUGGAUGGGACGGUGUAUGAUUAUUUCCAAGGUUAUGAGGAUCUACAGAACAGAAAGGUGCGUUUUGUUGGAAGUGCUGCGCCGAGGAUCCAGGAAGACUACCUACGCAUCCUAAGAUAUUUCAGAUUCUAUGGGCGCGUUGCAUCUGAGCCUGAUCAGCAUGAUCCAGACACGCUGGAGGCGAUCCAGGAGAAUGCCAGCGGCCUGGCAGCGAUCUCUGGAGAGAGGAUCUGGGUGGAGCUGAAGAAGAUGCUGGUGGGGAACCACGCGGCACACCUGCUGGAGCUCGUUUAUGAGCUUGGCCUGGCUCAGUACAUAGGUCUGCCAGCAGAGGGCAAUGUUGAGGAGAUGAAGCAGGUCUGUCAGAAGGCAUACGGCACGUCUCCUAAGCCCGUGACCGUGCUCGCAGCGCUGUUCCGCAGCCCAGACGAUGUCGAAAGGCUGGAUCUGAGGCUAAAGAUCUCCAGAGAGGAGAAGACUUUGGGUCUUUUUCUUGUCAGGCGCAGGCGAGACCUUGUUAAGGGUCAAGAUGAGCAUGGUGGCCUCAAGCCGUUCACAGACUUUGUUAUAGAUAGUCGAGAGCUGGACGCCCAGAGCAAAGUACUGGAGCUGCUGAAGUACCAGGGUGAAGUCAAGCUCUUGGCUGAGUUGAAGCGUUGGUCCAUCCCCCGAUUCCCUGUCAGUGGACACGACCUCCGUCGACUGGGCAUCACCACGGGCAAGGAGAUCGGCACAACCCUGCAGGAGCUCCGUGACAUUUGGAAGAAGAGUCGUUACCAACUGGGCAAGGAAGAACUCCUGAGCACCAUCAGCAGGUCCUGAUUAAAUUAAAAUGAAUGAAACCAGUGACCGGGCUGGUGUUCUCACACUGAUGUGCUGUCAUGCCUUAGAAGCUCAGAAGGUCUGUGUAGGCUGUUGCUAAGCUCCUGGCUGUCCCAGCUGCGUGAGGGUGAAGAAAGUUGGUAAUAAACUUCUGGUUGUGUUUCCCAGCAUCUUUGUGGAAAUGCUGACUGUACCUCAGAACAGCUGGGCUCCAAGGAUCUGGCCAGAAAUAGAAAACGGUGGAGAAAUAAGCAAGAGUAAUAAGCAAUAUGCCAGGUGUGUGAGUCAUGGAGAUGAUGGACAGAAACUCUGCAUGCUGCCCUGUUCAUACCGCAGCAAUCUCUGCCUCGGUUCCCCCCUUUUUUUUUUUUCCUCCUCUAUUAUCAGUGAUUUAGUUUGGCAUUUGAUGUUCAUUUGUUAUUCAUGUCAUUUUGGACAGCAAUUUCACAGCGACUCUGCAAAGUCUGUUCUGCUCUCUUAAUUUAUUGACAUAUUGCCCUGGUGCAUUUAUCCAUUGAAGAGGUGGUGUAAUUUGGAGCACUUUAGCUGCCUCUUUGUCUAAUGCAAUGUCAGACAUCGGUUCUUUAUGGAAGGAGGGGAUGGAGAAAUCCAGGAAGCUUCCAGGUGGUUAUGUAACUUUACUUUGUUGCUUCAAAACAUAUUAAAACUAAAAUGCCAAAGUC